AAAACAAAAUACGCUAACUAACUUUACUAAUUCUGCUUCCUCGCAAGAAAUAAACGAAGUCAAAAAAGUUAAUCAAAUCUUUGCUGAUUUCUGCCGAAAUGAAAUUGGUGGUCAAGAUAUUAACGAAAUUCGCACUAAACUUAAUGUAAACGAAAAAGAACGCCUAAUCACUCGAAUUACUCAAGAAAAGAAAGAGUUAGAAACUAAAUAUAAGAAAAAAGCUAAGCAACUAGAUGAAGAACAAUGUGAAAAUAACCAGUUAACCGAAAAAAACACUAACUUAGAAAAGAAAAUCACUGAAUUACAAACCGAAAGUAAGCAAGACCAACAGGAAUACCAUGACCAGUUAAGGCAAAUUAAUCUCCUGUUUGAUGCUAAAGCCCAAGAUUAUCAACAAUUGCAACAGGAACUUUUAGCCAAAGUGAAACCGGGAGUUAAAGCUUCCGAUUUAAAAAAGUUAAAACGCUCCAAGUCCGCUAAUGAUAUUGCUAAUAAUAAUCCACCUACUCCUUUACUUCAAGACCAAUUACUAACCGAAACUAAAGAACAAUUAGAUAAUUCUCUAUUUGCCCGAGUAGAAGCAGUCAAGCAGUUUGGGCUAAUCUAUGAUAAACUACAACAAAUUAAACAAGAACUAAAUGCUACGGAAGAGCAAGCUAGUGAGGAAUUA